AUGGGAAAGGAAAAAAUACAUAUUAAUAUUGUUGUUAUUGGUCAUGUCGACUCUGGUAAAUCUACCAGUACUGGCCACUUGAUUUACAAGUGUGGUGGUAUCGACAAGCGAGCCAUUGAAAAAUUUGAAAAAGAAGCCCAAGAAAUGGGUAAGGGUUCAUUCAAGUACGCUUGGGUUUUAGACAAACUAAAAGCUGAACGCGAACGCGGUAUCACCAUUGAUAUUGCUCUAUGGAAAUUUGAAACUGAAAAGUAUAUGGUGACUAUUAUUGAUGCCCCUGGUCAUAGAGAUUUCAUCAAGAAUAUGAUCACUGGAACAUCUCAGGCAGACUGUGCCGUACUGAUCGUUGCUGCCAGUACAGGUGAAUUCGAAGCCGGUAUUUCCAAGAACGGCCAAACACGUGAACAUGCUUUAUUAGCUUAUACACUUGGUGUAAAGCAAAUGAUCGUUGGCAUUAAUAAAAUAGACAACACCGAGCCGCCAUAUAGCCAAGCCCGUUAUAAUGAAAUUGUAAAAGAAGUAAGCAGUUAUGUCAAAAAAGUCGGUUAUAAUCCCAAAGCAGUAGCGUACGUGCCUAUCUCAGGUUGGCAUGGCGAUAACAUGAUAGAAGAAAGUGCAAAUAUGCCAUGGUAUAAGGGUUGGUCAAUAGAACGUAAGGAAGGCAAUGCCAGUGGUAAAACGUUAUACCAGGCCCUCGAUUCUAUCUUGCCUCCAAAAAGGCCUUCAGAUAAGCCAUUGCGCUUACCUUUACAGGAUGUAUACAAGAUUGGUGGUAUUGGUACCGUUCCUGUAGGACGUGUCGAAACUGGUAUAUUAAAACCCGGUGUGAUUGUUACAUUUUCUCCAGCUAAUAUUACUACCGAAGUUAAAUCGGUCGAAAUGCAUCACGAAUCCUUGACUGAAGCCUUACCUGGUGAUAAUGUCGGAUUUAAUGUCAAAAACGUCUCGGUAAAGGAUAUCCGUCGUGGCAUGGUUGCUGGUGAUUCUAAGAACGACCCUCCAAAAGAAGCCAAGUCUUUCAAGGCUCAGGUUAUUAUUUUAAAUCAUCCCGGUGAGAUUCGAGCUGGCUACUCUCCAGUAUUGGAUUGCCACACCGCUCAUAUCGCAUGCAAAUUCAGUACCUUAGACCAGAAGAUCGAUCGUCGAAGUGGUAAAGUGUUGGAAGAAAACCCCAAAAUGGUCAAAAGUGGUGAUGCUAGUAUGAUUACCUUAACUCCGAACAAGCCUAUGUGCGUUGAAGCUUUUGUCGAUUAUCCUCCAUUGGGUCGUUUCGCCGUUCGUGACAUGAGGCAAACCGUAGCAGUUGGUGUUAUUAAGUCAGUUGAAAAAAUGGAACAUGGCGGUAAAGUCACAAAGUCCGCGCAAAAGGCUGCCAAGGGCAAGAAAUAA